AUGGCACGCGGUCAUAUUCAACCAGUGAUUCGGGCAGCGAUGCUGGUCCCAGCAGUCAGAAUCCAGAGUGUGCGACGUUAUAUUGGCUACUUCCGCGAGGAAGUGCUCCUAGAUCGCCUCCGCUCCGUGCUCGCCGACGUCAAGGUUCACGGUUUCAAAGUGUUGAACUUGGAACCGCAUCCGAAGGACGGCGGCGUGUUCGUCAGGUUCAGAUGUAACGCAAGCAGUAAUGAUGCUGCCCUGUCAGAAGUUGUACAUAGUCUACGACAGUAUACUGCUGAGCACGGUGGCGUGCCCUCAUGGGCAGGGCUAUCUGGAGGCAACGUAUGGCUAGUCAAGGGGAAGCCAUGGAGAGAAGAUAUGAACCGCUAUGCGUCUCCCAUUCUCCGAGUUGCCUUUGAGGGCCCGGAUGUGCCCGAAGAAUCGCUCUAUGACUUGCUCAGACCGUAUGGUCGAAUACAGGAUCUCUCCCACCCAAUGCCUCCUCCUGCAGUCGGCGGCCUGCGCUAUUCGAUUGUCACCUUCCGUGGAGUCCGCUCUGCCGCCAUCGCUCGCAAUGCUGUACACGGUGCACGCGUCGCGCCCUCUGGCACGAUUAUACAUACAACAUACCAGGCGCCUGUGCAGGCCCAUGCCGUCCGCGAUUAUAUGGCCAGUCAUCCACGCAUAUUCUUACCGGUGCUAGUGUUUUUGCUAGGCACCAUUACCUAUACCAUAUUUGACCCUGUCCGUGUAUUCAUGGUGGAGGGUAAGAUUGAAGGCUGGUUCAACAUCCGAGAGUUCCAGCUGUACAAGUGGUUGCGCAACACUGCGCUCGACAAGCUGUCAUUCUCUUCUAGCUCGCACGUUGAUGAUACCACUACGGUCGCGGCAGAGGACGGGUGGAAAGAGCGCAAGGAUGCAGAGAAUGCGCUUGACAGCUACCUCAACGAUCUACCCAACACUAUUGCGUUCGUCCACGGACCGCAGGGCAGCGGCAAGUCUCGCAUGAUCGCCUCAGCGCUCAAAGAGACCGGUCGGAAAGCCCUGAUCAUCGACGUUGCGGAGCUGUCGAAGGCGUCAUCCGACACUACACUGGUUUCGGCGCUCGCGCAGCAAACGGGCUACUGGCCCGUCUUCUCCGUCUUCAAUUCGCUGAACAAUCUCAUUGACCUCGCCAGCGUUGGGCUCAUCGGCCAGAAAGCCGGCCUGAGCUCCUCGCUCACCGACCAGCUGAAACAGAUCCUCGAGGUCGUCGGCACUGGCCUUGCACGCGUGAACACGACGCAUCGCCAACAGCACCAGGCUGCCAAGGAGGAUGCUAGGCUUGCGGUGCUGCAGCGGGAGGCACAGGAACGCCUACAGGAGCGCAUCCGCACGGGGCGCUGGCACGAUGGGCGAUUGGACUGCAUCGCGGGAAACGGCGUGAUGAGCGAGCUGGGCAUCGGGGACGAGCUGUUCGGGGACGAUGACGCAGACCCGACUCCGAUGGUGAGCACGGCUGUGCAACUGAGCGAGAAAGGUAAGGCAGCCAGUGAAAAGCUUCCGGGACCGCGUGGCGACGAAGAGAGGCGACAGACGAGCUCGGAUGAUGUGCCAACAAUCAAGUCGAUGCCGAUUGUGAUCGUCAAGGGCUUCGAGACGAAGGGCGGUGGACAGAACAAACAGGAAAUGCUUGACGUCAUCGCGCACUGGGUGGCGACGCUCGCACAAAAUCAGGUUGCGCAUGUAGUGGUCGUCAGCGACAAUCGCGAGAAUACUAAGCGGCUUGCGAAAGCGCUCCCAUCACAGCCUCUGAAUCUGAUCACACUGUCUGACGCGGACAAUGCGAGUGCACUCUCCUUCGUGAAGCAGAAGCUACAUGAUGCCGGCGUCGACGUGAGAUUCAACUCGGAGCAGCGGACCUACAUCCAGCGCUUAGGCGGCAGGGCCAGCGACCUUGAGAGCUUGAUCCACAAAGUGAGAAGUGGACAGACGGUGCAGGAAGCCGUGGAGGACAUCAUCACGCGUGGCGUCGGCGAGAUCCGCAAGAACGCGUUUGGCGACGACCUCGAGGACGCAAAGAACCUGCCAUGGUCUAGGGAACAGGCAUGGGCGCUCAUGCAGAAGCUCUCUACGAAGUCGGAGAUAUCCUACAACGAGGUGCUCCUGGACUUCCCUUUCAAGAAUGACGAGGCAUCGCUAAGACAUAUGGAGCACGCUGAGCUCAUUGCGAUUGGGACUGAGAAUGGUCGAUCCUCAUCAAUCAAGCCCGGAAAACCGAUCUACAAAUAUGUCUUCGAACGGCUGGUGCAAGAUCACAUUUUCCGUGCGACGCAAGACAUCGCAUUCAACGAGAAAGUUAUUGCUGCCUCGGAAAGCACGGUCAAGGCGUGCGAGCAAGAGCUUCUCGCCCUGAAGGACGUCGACGCUGGGACCGCCGAUUGGUGGGGAUCCAGAACCGCAGUCCGGGAACGCAUGAACUACCUGCUCAAAAAGAUGAGACUGGCAGAGGAGAAAAUUGAGGCCUUGGACAAGCAGAACACGAGCCUCAAGAAGAUCCUCUCCAAAUAA